AUGGGCGAAUCACGCACGGAGCUGAUCCAGUGGCUCAACGAGUUGUUGCAAAUCGGUUACACAAAGGUGGAACAGUGCGGCACGGGUGCGUUGCGUUUCGAGGAGUAGCUUGCGCGCUCGACGCUCUUGCAGCGAUGUGACAGCAGCGUCCUGACUUCUUGUACUCCAUGUUCCCCCCUAGGUGCCGCAUACACACAGGUCAUCGAUAGCAUCUACCGCAACGUUCCUCUUCACAAGCUCAACUUCGCAGCCAAGGCCGAGUAUGAAUAUGUCAACAACUACAAGGUUAUGCAGGAGGCGUUCAAGAAGAACCGAAUCGACAAGGUGCGUAACGCGAGGCGAUGCCAAGUCCAACUGAAGCUCACGAAAAGCAUCAAGGAGGUCCCGAAGCGAGCUGACUUGACCCUUGCGUCCCGUCGUGAACUCCGCAGCCGAUUCCGGUGGAGAGGUUGAUCAAGUGCAAGAUGCAAGACAACUUGGAGUUUCUUCAAUGGCUCAAAAAGUACUGGGAUGCGCACAUGCCAGAUGAUGAUUAUGACCCUGAGGCCAGGAGGGGAGGGGCGCCAGCAGCACCACCACCUCUUUUGGGGGCGACGACUGUAGGAGGUGCGCGUUUGGGCGGGGCUGCACGUGCUCCCGCCGCUGCUACCAGACCGGCCGCGACGAGACCUGUCGCUGCUGCUACGAGAGCGCCAGUGAGAGGUGCGGCUGCCAGCGCGACGAGAGGAGCUCGAGUUGGCGCAGCUGGCGCCAGAGGUAUUCCGGAUGAGACGAUCGCGGCGCUGACUGGUCAGAUGGACGAGAUGAAGUUGAGCGUAGACUCGCUCGAGAAGGAGCGCGACUUUUACUUUGCCAAGGUGAGUGCUUUGCUAUGGCCGAACAUGGCCGAACACGAGAGCAUGCCAGUAGCGCUGGUAAAGUUUGCUGAUUAGCUCGCAUGUAUGCACAGCUUCGCGACAUUGAGGUGUUGGUCCAGGGUCGACUCGAGCUGCUUGAGACUGGAGAGGAACCCGCGGCUGAUAACAACCUCGAGCUCGAAACGCUCAAGCAGAUCCAGGCAAUUCUAUACUCGACCGAGGAAGGCUUUGAAGUGCCAGAGGGGCAAGAGGUGAAUCUCUAAGCCAGUUCCUCAUGUUGCGUCAGCGCGCAUUGACACCAAACUUCUUCCAUGGCUGACCGAAGGGCGUUCUCGGGGACGAGGAGGAGACUUUCUGA